GCAAUGCUGGUUUCUCUUUCCCUCCUUUUGUGUGUUUCGCUUAAUGCAGUUCUGGGGAACUACAAAGUCUGCUCACUUCUGGAUUUUGCCACUACAGAGUUAGUUCUGCUUCUGGAUUCUAACAAACUGUUGCUCAAAUUGAAGAACUUCAUGCAAGUGGCCAGCCCUUCAGUCUCAUUUUUCAAAUGAAUGAAGCAUGAGGAGUGUUGAUUCAAGUGUUACAAUGUUUUGUGGUUCAAACAAAGACCUUUGCUCACAGCAAUAUAAAUUACCACCUUCACACUGUGGCACGUGGGAUUAUGAAGCUGUUCGAAACCAGACCACACCCUCCUGGCAGGAUUCCCUGAAGCCGCUGGUUUGUCAUCACCUGUAAAAGGCACAUCAUGCGGACCCCGGCAGCCAUGAUUGUGGGUAUCGUACUAGGUCCCUGCGGCCUUAUCUUGAACCUGACCAGCACUCUGGCUCCCAACUGGAGGGAUGUGAGUCGGAUCCCUGACAAGUCUUCUGAUAUUAUCCAGCACCAGGGCAUCUGGGACAUCUGUGAGGAAACUCAAAGCAUCCACGAGACCACGUGCAACAUAGAAGACAGCCUCAACUACUUUUCCCAGCUACCUGUGCAAGUUUCCAAAGGGCUCAUGCCUUCCGCUCUGGCAGUCCUUGUCCUAGGACUUGUUGUGGCUUCUCUGGGUGUACGCUGCUGGACAGAAACACCCCACUUCCUGCUGGCUGGACUGGGUGGCCUGUCGCUUUUCAUUUCUGGGUUGCUGAGCCUUAUUGCCAUCUCCUGGUACAACCACGAACUCUACAACCUGCCCGUACCAUCUGGCAGCACUUUGCAGGUAGGCUACUGCCUGGUCCUUGGUUACCUAGGUAGCUGUCUGGAAAUUAUCGGGGGCAUCUCCCUUACCAUCAGCUUUUCUCAGUGCUACAAGGAAUGCAAGCUAAAGAAAGCUGCUGCAAAUUACAAUUAUCCACCUGCCAAACAGCAAGACCUGGCUACCUCCACAACCGUUGCUUCCUCUUUUGACAACAAAGAUUUUGAAAUGUAUAACAGGACUCCGACACCUAGGUCCUACACCAAUGCUCUUGAUGUAUUGGAGGAUGAGCGGGCCAGUAAGUACAGCUACAGGAGCAGGCCUCCCUGUGACUCAGAUUUAUAGCCCUACUCAAGGAGACCUUUGCAAGGGAGCACAAGGUUCAAGUGGGAUUCAGAAGGAACUGUUAUUACAGAAUCAUGUCAGGACAGUAAAGUAUCCAAUGGAGGCAUGUCCACCAGCGAGUUUCCUAUCAGUCAAAUUUUCUUCCUACCUCUCUACAACAGGGUGCAGCAUCUGUAUUUCUUGCAUCACUGGAGGAUCUCAGAGCUUCAUUUUUUGGGUACAGUUUCUUCAGUUGAUGUUUCAUUAAAUGUUAGACAUCAGAUCACAACUGCGGAAAGAAUGACUGCAGCAAAUUUCUGCGAAUGGAAAAACUGAGUGAUUUUCACUGGUGUCCCCAUGCUGUUCUGGGGGACUCUGUUUUGUCAAAGAUUAUUUUACAUUGGUGUGAUGGGAGAGUGGAAGAAGAGAUGCUCCAUGGAAAAAAAAACCCCACAGGAUCCAAGCCUAUCGAUGUCUCCAUCCACAUAAUUAGGAGAAGUAAUCUUUUUCAUCAGGAGCAAAGCCAUUCAUUUUUGUAAGCACAAGAACUCAGUACCUUUAAUUAAUGAGAUGAUGUGAAUUAAAAGUGCCAAGUUCCU